AAAUAUAUUAAUAUAAUUUGAAGUGAUUGUAAUGUUCUCUACCCUGGAUCUCUUUACAGUGAAUGUUAUCGUCUAGUUAUAUUUCUCUCCACCCCAAGCCAGAUAUAUUGGGGGAUAUUGCAGCUGUAUGCCUUAAAAGGGCUAGACAGGUUUAAAUCCUGUGGGAUCUCUCACAUAGCCUCCCAACAAAUCUUAAGACAGAUUUGGUCUGCAACUUCAGUCACAAGUACCAGCAGUGCCCGUGGGCUCAGUGGAGGACUCCUCGUGUUCAGAAUGGCAAACAAGCUGACCCCAGAACAGAUCACAGAGUAUAAGGGGGUGUUUGAGAUGUUUGAUGAGGAGGGCAACGGAGAUGUGAAGACGCAGGAGCUGGAGAGGCUAAUGAGUUUGAUGGGCAUCAACCCCACUAAGAGAGAGCUUGGCCAGAUGGCUAAAGAUGUGGAUAAAGAUGGCAAAGGAGCUUUCAACUGCGACAGCUUCUUGGGAUUGAUGGCCUUAUACCUCGAGAGGACCAAGAACCAGGAUGCAGAGCUCCGGGCUGCCUUCAAAGUGUUUGACAAAGAUGCCAAAGGCUAUAUCGACUGGAACACACUGAAGUAUGUGCUGAUGAAUGCAGGAGAACCCCUAAAUGAGCUAGAGGCUGAGCAGAUGAUGAAAGAGGCUGACAAAGACGGUGAUGGAACCAUUGAUUACGAAGAGUUUGUGGCCAUGAUGACAGGAGACUCGUUCAAGAUGAGUUAAAUGUUCUGAAUGGGGGAGGAGCAAUGGGUGGACUGGAUAAGCCCUGUUUUGGACAUCAUUGAGUCAGAAAAAGAAAGAAGAAGACGAAGGAAAUAAACAG